AUGUACACAUCCACAAAUACACGCCCCACCUUGCCACUUCUUCAGCUUCCCUCCACCUUUCUCCCGCUCCCCUUCCGCUCCGCUUGCCUUCCGCCCACUUCCCGCUGUCCCCGUUUUCCGCCUCAUACUUCUGCUUACACACAACCUUCCCCUCACAACUCUCCCCUCACCUCUCUCCCGCGGGCCUCUUGUCCAGACGACAUCCUUAUAUUGCUCCAUGUGGUCACUAAGAUCCCCAGCCCGAGAGCGGUGGAGAUGUAUCAGAGCGAGGUCAACAACACCAUGUUCGUGCAUUAUGUCCGCACCAUCGUGCAGCCUAUGAUGCUCUCUCUGAAGAAGCUCGUCGAUCCCAAGAUCAAGUUAGAGCUGAAGGUUGGCCGAAACAACUCAAGAGAGAAGGGCAUCGUGGAAGAGUCGAGCAAGCUGAAAGCGACGACGCUGGUUCUAGGAACCAAUGCGCGAGGAAUGUUCAGCAUGCGGGGCAAGUCGUCGAGUACCGGAGCGUACUGUGUUCGUUAUAAGCCUCACGGGCUCUCCGUUUUUGUGAUUCAAAAGGACAAAGUUGUGCUGUAUAAGGAGUCGGAAGGUUCUCCGUUGUCAUCCGCUUCGGGGAGUCCUGCUGGCUCGGGACGUCUGAUGCCAGGCUCGGGAGGGUCUGGCCAAGGCUCGGGUUCCCUCGAACCGACCUACAGCGGCGGGUUCAACGAAUCAGGAGGAAGAAGCGGCGAGUACGACGAAUCUGGCGGAGGGGGAUACGGAGCUCCCAUUGGCGCAUCCUACGGCCAGUACCAGCAGUACCCUGCGCGCGGAGGAGCUCCGCAAGGGGGUUGGGGCGGCGGCGGCGGAGGAAUGAACGCGCCAUACGGGGGAAUGAUGGGGGGAGGAGCGGCGCAGAGAGGCCAGUACGGCAGCAACGACUCCAGCCCGCAAGGCUCUGGACCCAUGCAGCCGUACAUGCCCGCGUCCGGCGGCGGCGGAUCCGGCAGCCUGCAGUCGCGAUUCUCCAUGGACGGGGGGAGCAUGGACAGCUCCCCCGGCGGCGGAGGUCCCAAGGGCGGGAGCGAUAUCCAGCAAGCCGCGGCGCUGUCGGCGCUGGCGUGGUCGAAGCAGGCGGCGAACACGGCGGAGGGGCAGAAGCUUCAGUCGGACUACCUGGCGGAGUUCGACGCGUGGAAGCGCGCCAAUCAGGCGGCGACUUUUCAGCAGCAGCAGGACUUCAUGGUGGAUCUGCAGUCGCGCAUGGCGAAGGCGCGCGCGGCGCUCGCGGGGCUGCAGCUGGGGGAAGGCGGAGGGGCAGGCGGGGGAGGGUCGCCUGCGGGCGGUGGCGGGGGGGAUAUGGGGGGUGAUGGUGGCGGUGGGGGAGGGAUGCAGCAUUCGUACCCUGCCGCGAUUCCUGCUCCUGUUCCGGCUGCUUCGGAUGUUCCCGCUGUUGGAGGUGGUGGCGGCGUGGAGAACGACCUACGGCGCGAGCUGGAGCUGAUGCGGCAGCGCGCGGCGGAGGCGGAGAAGGCGCGCCUGGAGGCGGAGCAGCGCGCGCAGCGCGCGCUCUCCGAAGCGGACCGCUCCCUCCGCGAGGUGGAGGCGCAGAACAAGCGGCGGGAGCUGGAAACGGCGGUGCGCAUCGAGAUGGCGUCGCAGGAGGCGGCGCGCGCCAUGGCGGCGGCGGAGGAGGCGCGGAAGCAGGCGGAGCUGGAGGCGCAGAAGACGGAGGUGGCGAUGAAGCAGGCGGCGAUGACGCGCGCGGCGCUGGAGCUGGAGGAGAAACGGCGGCAGGAGGCGGAGAAGAAGGCGAAAUCGGAAAAGGGCAGCAUGCGUAUGAUGGCGAAUUACCGCGAAUACUCUUAUGACGACAUUGUGAUGGCGACGGAGAACUUCAAGGCGGAGAGGAAGCUGGGCGAGGGCGGGUUCGGGACGGUGUUCUCCGGCACGCUGCACCACACGCCCGUGGCCGUGAAGGUGCUCAAGAACACGGACGCCAUGCAGGCCGCGCACGAGUUCCAACAAGAGGUGGAGGUGCUGAGUCAGAUCCAGCAUCCCCACGUGGUGAUGCUCCUCGGCUGCUGUCCCGACAGGUACUGCCUCGUCUACGAGUUCAUGGCCAACGGCUCCCUCGAGGACCGUCUGCUCUGCGCCAACAACACGCCCCCUCUCCCCUGGUACACGCGCAUGCGCGUCGCCGCCGAAAUCGCCUCCGCGCUCCUCAUCCUCCACACGCGCCCCGUGCCCAUCGUGCACCGCGACUUAAAGCCCGGCAACAUCCUCCUCGAUAAGAACUUCGUCGCGAAACUCGGCGACGUCGGGCUCGCGAAGCUCAUGCCGGGUCUCUCCAUGGACCAAACCUACAUGCGGGAAUCGGUCCCUGUCGGCACCUUCGCGUAUGUCGACCCGGAGUUCCAACGCACGGGCGAGUUCGGCCCGAAAUCUGACGUCUACGCGCUCGGAAUCGUGCUCCUCGAUCUCCUCACCGGCCGCAAACCCAACGUGUAUGAAGGGCUAGAAGAAGCCGUGGACGACGGAGACGAGGAGGCCAUGAGAGAGUUUCUAGAUGAAAAAGCGGGCAACUGGCCGCUGGAUAUCGUUAUGGAGGUGGCUAAGAUUGCGGUGAAGUGCUCUGAGAUGAGGAGGAAGAAGCGGCCGGAUCUGGAGACGCAUGUCAUGCCGGUGCUGGACCGGGCGAGGGCGAGGGCGGUUCAGGCGGAGGAGGAGGCGAGGAAGACGCCGGCGAAGCGGUCGCUUGGGGAUGCGCCCAGCAGCCUGUUCUGUCCCAUCACUCAGGAGAUGAUGGUGAACCCGGUGCUGGCGGCGGACGGGCACACGUAUGAGAAGGAGGCGAUAGAGUCGUGGCUGGAGAGCAGCGACCGCUCGCCCAUGACCAACGAGAAGCUGCCCUCCAAGGACCUCGUGCCCAACCAUGCCCUCAACACAUUCAAGACCUUCAAGUUGGGUUACAUCAGCAUCUUCACUUCAGGCUGCACCGAAUUUCAAAGUCUCCAUUUGAAGUUUUUGUGCAGGGAAAACAAGAACGGAUCCACACCGUCAGCAUUGAAAUUGUGUCAGAUUGUUCAGCAUACCAAGCAACAUAAUCAAGAUUCCGCAUCAUCCCUUCCGAAACUGGGAAUUGGUGUUGAAACUCUUUGUGGGCGCUUGAAUCUUGCUGAAGCUGAAUAUCUAAGCGUGCGAACCUGGAUUGGCGUCGGGGCAUUUGAGGGAGCACUUCGUGACAUUUGGAGAUGGGUACUCCUGCACCUAGACUCUUUACGGGGGCUUCAAUUGACGGUGCGUUAA